AUGGAUCCACUAGUCCCACUAUCGUCGGCGCUAGAUCCACUCACCGGUCAGCGCAGCGUCUUCCUUGAGAAGGGUGGCGCGAUGUCGUCCGAGUCAUCGGAGUCGUCUCUGUCGCCAUCGUUGUCGUCCGUGCCACGCUCCCCUCGAAGUCCAACGACCCCCGCCUUCCUCCACUGCUACUUGCGGCAGUCGCUGUCCCCGCUGAUGACCCCUAGCUAUGCCCCCUCCCCUGCCCUUCCCCGUGCCCUGCCGCUCUUCCCUGCUUCCGUUGUCCACCCCGCCGCCUACAGCAGUAGCACGGUUGGGCAGCUGCUGGGUGAGGAGUACCGGUAGCUCAGCGGCGUCCGCGGCGAGGUCGCGGAGCUGCGGGACGAGCUGGCCACCAUGAACGCGCUCUUCCGGAUGUAGUCUGAGGCCGACGACGGCGCCGCCGUGGACCACUUCAUCCGGGAGUGGAUGAAGCAGGUGCGCGAGCUCGCCUACGACGCCGAGGACUGCGUCGGCCUCUAUUGGCUCCGCAUCAGGUGCCGCCCGGGCGACGGCGUGCGCGGCAGGUUGAAGCACCGCCUCCAGACCUACCGCGAGCGCCGCUGCCUCGCCGCCGAGAUAAGCGCCCUCUCCAUCAGCGAGCGCCACGCCCGGUACGGCGUCAACCGCGACGCCCUGUACGCCCUGGUCGAGCUGCUGAUCAAGCAGCAGCUCGUCGGGGAGCAGCAUGUCAAGGUGUUCUCCAUCGUGGGGUUCGGCGGCGUCGGCAAGUCGACGCUGGGCGAGGAAGUGUGCCGGCUGCUGGAGAUGGAGUUCCCGUACCGAGCGAUCGUGUCCGUGUCUCAGGCGUUCGAUCCCACCAGCAGGGACCGCCGCAGUGACCUCAUGGAGCUUCUCAAGCGCGUGUUUCGGCAGGUCGUUGAGGUCAAGGCGGAGAAUGAGAUACUCCUCAACGGUCGAAGGAGGACCUUCGCUCCGAAGUACCUCAUUAUGGUGGAUGACAUAUGGACCAUACGAGCGUGGGAGGCAAUCCAAUCCGUGUUGUGCGAUAACAACCGCGGCAGCAGAAUAAUCGUGACCACUAGGAUAGAGGCUGUGGCCAAAGCAUGCAGUCCUGCUAUUGGUGGGCACCAUAUUCAUCAUACGCAACCCCUCGAGUUUGAAGACUCCAAGAAGUUGUUCCUCAGCAGAACAUUUGUCAACAAGGAGUGUCCCGAGGAGCUGGAAGAUGUAAUGGAGAAUAUUUUGAAGAGGUGCGGUGGCCUGCCAUUGGCCAUUGUUAGCAUUGCUAGCGUUUUGGCAGGUUACACGUCACCAGGAAGCAAGGACAAAUGGGAAUCAAUCUACAAAUCAAUUGGUUCUCAUAUGGAGAGCAACCCAACCCUUGAAGGGAUGAGGCAAAUACUUGCACUCAACUACAACCACCUGCCUCAUGAGCUCAAGGGUUGCAUGAUGUACUUUAGCAUCUUCCCAGAGGAUUAUGAGGUCAACAAGAAUCGGCUCUUGUGGAGAUGGAUUGCCGAAGGAUUGGUUACGGAGAAACGGGGCUUGUCCCUAAUGGAGGUUGCAGAGUCCUAUCUGGAUGACCUGGUCAAUAGGAACAUGAUUCAAUUGCGUGAAGAUAUCGAGUACUAUUGGAAGGCCCAGAUGUACCGUGUCCAUGACAUGUUCCUUGAGGUCAUGGUGUCCAAGUCCCUGGAAUCUAAUUUUGCUAGCCUGCUAGGAGGGCAGUAUGCAACAAUGUCGUAUGAUAGGAUUCGUCGCCUCUCCAUUCAGGGCGAUGAUGACAGGCUUGAGAAUGCAGAGCAGCCUAGGAAAAAUACGGCAGCAUCCGCAGGCGUAGAUGAUGGGAUACUGGAUUUGGAGCAUGUUCGAUCACUAAGCAUGUUUCAGCAUACAGGGAAGAAAUUGCUCGAUCAACUUGGCAAAUUCAGGCUGCUGAGGGUACUUGACCUGGAAGGUUUCAAGGGCGCCCUGACUAAGGAUCAUAUGGGUUAUAUUUGCAGGUUGUACCUGCUUAGUUUCUUAAGCUUAAAGGGCAUAGAAGUCGAGGAGGUUCCAAGUGAAAUCGGGAAGCUAGAACAUCUGCAGACACUUGAUGUACGUCAGACGUCAGUUCGCGGGCUGCCAGAUACCGUGACGAAGCUGUAUAAACUCGAGCGCCUACAGAUCUCCUAUAACGGUGAUGCCAAUCUAAUGUGGAAGCUACCCCUGGAGCUUAAGAAGAUGAAGAUGCUGCGAGAGGUGGGCUUCUCAGUCCUCGGAAACCAUCUCCAGGUUGCACAAGAUGUUGGUGAGCUAGAUCAUCUUCAAGAGAUGGUUGUCUACGUCGACGACAUCACCUUCGACGACAAUGUUCUCACAGAGUUCGCUAAUUCUUUGAGCAAGUUAUACUCACUCCGGCGCCUCAUCAUCGGAGACGUGGGCUACGGCAAGACUCUGAACUUUCUCGACCAGCUCCCCUCGCCGCCACAACUUCUCCGGCACCUUAUGAUCGCCGGUGGCAUCGAUAGGUUGCCCAGCUGGAUCAUGUCGCUCACAUACCUUGUUCAGUUCAACAUGUCGUGGGGGAAAGUUGCUGGUGACCAGCUAUUCGAUGUCCUGUGUGAGUUGCCCAGCCUCGAGACCAUCUGCAUUCACAAUUAUUGCUACGAGGGCAAUGUUCUAGUUGCACGCACUAGACACAGGUUUCCGGAGCUCAUCACUUUAAGAAUAGCCUCUGGAUCAAAGCUUCCCAAUGUUAUUCGGUUUGAGAAUGGAACCAUGCCAAAGCUCGAGAACCUGCUAGUUAACUUCACUGACAAUGAUGAGAAGAAGAUUAUUGGCAUCAGGCACCUGACCAGCCUCAAAGAGGUACAGCUCUGGGGUAACGAGAGCAACCUUGCACUACAUCGUGCACUGAAGCAUCUCAAGAGUGAGAACAAGAGGCGCCUUUUUGAGUCCAGUAGCCAGUUUCAAAUUGUAGUGAAAUACGAGUGAUUUCUCUUGUGGUUUCCUUAUUUGUUAGUUUCUAAUUUCUCCCAGAUAUCAAAGUAAACUAUCCUAUUAUACGCAAGGAUGAGGAAUGCCAUCAUGUUAAUUAAGAUGCCAUCUUGCCGAUUGGAGAGCACGCUUAUGGAGAUAUUCACUAGACAUGGGUGGCGGUUCAUUGAGGGAAUCGAUGAUUGAACAAUGUUGUCCAUGACUUGGCAUUCGAUUUUUUUUUCUUCUUGUUGUUGCUUGAUUUGUCACGUUUUGUUUUCAAGUUUGUAAUAAUGUACGGCUAUGUGCAUCAUGCAUAUAUU